AUGCGCCUGGCGUUGCGGGUGUUUGCUCUUGUCGCGCUCGGCAGCGCUCUGCUCGCCGCCGCCCACGAACAUCACGAUGAGCUUUCCGAAGAGGAGGCGAAUGCACCUGUCGACGCUAUACUCUGGGUUCACAUUUUCCUACAAGCUGCGGUAUGGGGCAUCCUAUUCCCCAUAGGCAUGGUGCUUGGAUUGUCCGGGAGUAGAUGGCAUGUACCACUUCAGACAACAGGCAUCGUAUUGACUCUGGGAGGCUAUCUCCUCGGUCACAAACACGGCGGUCGCGCAUUCCUCAAAUCUGUGCAUGGCACCUUCGCAAACCUUGUCUUGAUCCCUAUACUACUCCAAGUCGCGCUUGGCAUCUACCUGAAGCUCCACAUUCAUGAACGCACUUUGCGUCCAUAUGCUGUUAAAGCGCACGGCGUUGUUGGCAAAGCCUACCCGAUCAUUGGCUGGGUUCAGAUGCUCUUUGGUGCCAUCGCUUUCCGUGGUUACUGCCGAGGAGGCCAUCUAGGACAGUGCCUCGCGCACUACAUUAUGGGAAGCGGUUUCGUUGCCUACGGAACCAUCAUCGCUAUCAUGUUGUUAGUUGGCGAGAACUGGGUCAGGAGAAGCGGCAAGAGCCCCGAGUGGUGGGACUCCUGGGUCAUCCUGCUUUGGGGCAUCGUGAAUACGUUCACGGAGCACCAUGGUGGCUCUUGGUCCGUCAAGGACAUGCAGCACACCAUCAUGGGCGUUCUGUGGUGGUGCGGCGGCAUCCUUGGUAUCUACCUCGCGCGCAGCAACACUCGUACCGUUGUGCCAUCGAUCAUCAUCAUCCUCACGGGGUGGGCUAUGUCCUCGCAUGCACAGGCUUUGAUGAUCAGCACACAGGUGCAUGCCAUGUUUGGAUACACGCUCAUGCUGGCCGGCCUUACCCGCGCGAUUGAAGUCUGCUUCGUCGCUCCGCAUUUCGCGCCUCUCGAGGUGGAUGAUGCCGGCUCGGAGCAUACACUCGGCGGGGGAGAGGAGACCCCAGCGCAGUCGUCCGGACGUGCAUUCAGACAUCUGCCCGCCUUCCUACUGGUAUGCGGUGGAUUGCUCUUCAUGAGCGCAACAGAUGAAGAGUUGCAAUAUAUUCAUGGCACCGGCAUGGAUCAUGUCACGUACAUCUUGAUAAUGUUCAGCUUGGGCUUCCUGAUCUACACCCACAUCCUCUUCUGCAUCAAUCUCUACGCCACGUCCGGUCGUAAUGCGCCCAGUAUGGUUGCAGCCAAGCACAGUGCACUGGAAUCACCAGGCGAGAUUGAGCUCGCCGAGACGCCCAUCACGACUCGCGCACCGUGGUAUUCACGCGUAGCCUCACGACCAAGGGUCCAGGCGCAUGAUCGUACGAGCUCGAGUGCACCAUUGGUCGGGCCAGCGCAUGUCAUAGGGGACGAGGAUGAUGAGGAGUGA